GCCUAUUGAUGACGUCACUAGUAAGCGACACGCAAGCUUCCCCCUCAGCGGCCUUUUCGAACAGAGUUUGGCAGAUAUUUUGAUUUAUCUUCAUCUAAAAUGCUCAAAAAGAAGUCAAGUGGUAGUGGAAAGAAAAGGAAAAACCCUCCGUCGGAGGAGCGGCAUCGAAGUAGUAAGCGGAGAAGCGCCGAAAGUAACGUAGUGGACGAGUUGGCCGACCCGGAGUUGGACAGGGUCGGUAGUGAUAUCGAGGAAGGAGGCCUAGACCUUUCGGUGCCGUUCAAGCCCAUAAGCGCAUACGUGAGCGACAAAAAGACGAUGCUGGAGCAGUGCUUCGGCGUGCUGGGCGAGAAGAAGCUCCGCAGGAUGCUACCCGAGCUGUUCAAGGAUUGCACUUUGGAGGAGAUCCGAAAGGUGUGCUGUGAGCAACUCGACCCAAUCUCGGAGAGAAACAUCAUGCAGAUCUUGUCUGGGGAAGAAUUGACGAAAGAUGAAGACGCUAGCCAAAGCGCACAACAGGCCUCAGAAAACCAGAAGGACAACAGCUUGGACUCCACAGAAUGCAAGGAAGGACUGGAUAAAAUGGACAAGCCCCAGCAAGGGGGCAGCUCAAGCGAGGAAAGCGACGUUCUCAGCAUCAAUGCGGCCGACAGUGACAUCGACACCCCAAAAGAGGAGGCCCCCGUCAAGAUGGCGGCCGACGACGGUGGCGGCGAACAGCCCAAGCCCACCGAGGCCAAGAAAGACAUCCAAAGAGACAUCGACCGAAGCGUAAGUGAAAUCUUGGCGCCGGCAGACGAGGCGGCGGCGGCGGCAGCAGCUGCUGCCGUCCAGCAGAGGGCCAUUGCUGCUGCCGCUGCCGCCGCCACACCAUGUCAGCCGUCCCUUCAGCAGCUGGAACUUUUGGAGCUAGAGAUGAGAGCCCGUGCCAUCAAGGCACUCAUGAAGGCCAGUCAUAGAAAAGACCCAUAGAGAGGUCAAAUGUCACAAUUGUCAUCUUAUCUUGUGUUUUGUAAAUAAAUAGACGAAUGCCAACCUCAA